UCUCUGCCCGUCUGUGUCAUUUAUCCUUCUCUGCAGGCCCAACUUAUCUCAGCAUUCUCUGAUAAGCCAACCAACAGACAGGAUAAAUAAUGUCAACACUCAUUUGCCCUUUGUGACAGGUUUAACAACACGAGGCUGAGACAGGAUUUGUAACGUCACUGCGAGUCUGUACUAUCUAGCAAGCUGCGGGGCGGCCCUCGUGGCCGGGAUGCCACUGUGUGCCGUGCCAGUCCACGGUGGACGGUGAGGGGCAGGAGGACGGGACCGAGUGCCGGAGGCUGAGAGGAGGUGGCCCGCACCAAACAGGAGACAUGAACCUCUGCUGGAAUGAGAUCAAACGCAAGUCCCACAACAUACGGGUGCGGCUAGAGGCGUUCUCUGACAACAGCGGCAAGCUGCAGCUCUCUCUACAGGAGAUCAUAGAGUGGCUGACAGCCAAGGAUGAGGAGCUGUCGGAGCAGCUGCCCAUAGGUGGCGACGUGGGGGCCGUCCAGCACCAGAGGGAGUUCCACCAGGCGUUCAUGGAAGAUGUCAAGUCUCGCGGGCCGUUCAUCUACUCAGUAUUGGAGUCUGCCCAGGCUUUUCUGGCUCAGCACCCCUUCCAGGAGCCAGAGGAGACCCUGGCUGAUGGAAAAGAGGUCUCUCCACGCCGGCGGAUCUUGAAUGUGAGUCGCUCGGUAUGGAAGCAAGCGAACGUGGCCAGUGACCUGUGGGAAAAGCUGACGGCGCGCUGUGUGGACCGCCAUAGACACAUGGAGAGGACCUUGGAGCGUCUACUUCAGGUCCAGGCAGCGAUGGAGGAGCUGGCAGUGGCCCUGGAGCAGGCUGAGGGGGUGAGGGACGCCUGGGAGCCGGUCGGAGACCUUUUCAUUGAUUCUCUGCAGGACCACAUUGAUGCUACCAAGUUAUUCAAGGAGGAGCUGACCCAGGUGAAGGAGGGCAUGAAGCACAUCAAUGAUCUGGCCCACCAGCUGGCGAUCUCCGACGUCCAUUUGUCGAUGGAGAACGCCCGCGCCCUGGAGCAUCUCAAUAGCAGAUGGAAAGUGCUUCAGGGGUCCAUAGAGGAGAGGCUGAAGCAGCUCCAGGAUGCACACAGAGACUUUGGCCCUGGAUCGCAGCACUUCCUUUCCAGCUCAGUGCAGAUACCAUGGGAGCGUGCCAUCUCGCCGAACAAAGUGCCCUACUACAUCAACCAUCAGGCCCAGACAACGUGUUGGGACCAUCCAAAGAUGACAGAACUGUACCAAGCGCUGGCGGAUCUGAACAACAUCAAGUUCUCAGCAUACAGAACAGCCAUGAAGCUGCGGCGAGUUCAGAAGGCUCUGAGAUUGGAUUUAGUAGCGCUGAGUGGCCUUGUGGAGGUGUUUCGGGAGCAGGAUUUGCAGCAAGGGGAGCAUGUGAUGGAUGUGGUGGAGGUGAUACAUGGUCUGACGUCUCUGUACGAGAGGCUGGAGGAGGAGAGGUCCAUCCUUGUCAACAUUCCACUUUGUGUCGACAUGUGUCUCAACUGGCUGCUCAACGUCUACGACAGUGCUCGAAAUGGCAAAGUGCGAGUACUCAGCUUCAAGAUGGGAUUGGUGAGCUUGUGCAACGCAGACGUCCAGGAGAAGUACAAAUAUUUAUUCCGCCAGGUGUCUGGUCCUGGAGGUUUGACGGACCAGCGUCACCUCAGCCUGCUACUGCAUGAAGCCAUCCAGAUCCCCCGCCAGUUGGGGGAAGUCGCCGCUUUCGGGGGCAGCAAUGUGGAGCCGAGUGUCCGUAGCUGCUUCCGCGUGGCCCCAGGGAAACCUGCCAUUGAGGUGUCUCAUUUCUUGGAGUGGAUGAGCCUUGAGCCCCAAUCGAUGGUUUGGCUGCCUGUCCUCCACCGUGUGGCUGCUGCAGAGUCAACCAAGCACCAAGCCAAAUGCUACGUCUGCAAACAGUGUCCCAUAAAGGGCUUCAGGUAUCGCAGUCUGAAGCAGUUCAACGUGGACAUAUGCCAGACAUGUUUUCUAACCGGCCGCACUACCAAGGGAAAGAAGCUGCACUACCCAAUCAUGGAGUACUACACCCCAACAACUUCGGGAGAGAAGAUGAGGGACUUCGCCAAGACCCUGAAGAAUAAGUUCAGGUCAAAGCAGUACUUCACCAAGCACCCUCAGAGAGGUUACCUGCCGGUGCAAUCCGUGCUGGAAGCUGAGAGCUCAGAGACGCCGUGCUCCUCGCCAAAGCUGCCCCAUGCAGACACACACAGCAGAAUUGAACAUUAUGCCAGCAGACUGGCAGAAAUGGAGAGCCAGAAUUGUUCAUUCUUCACGGAUAGCCUGUCUCCUGAUGAAAGUCUGGAUGAAGAUCAGUACCUCCUGCGUCACUCCAGCCCAGCCCUGGACCAUGACUCUCCCUGCGGACAACACAUGCUGCUGGCUCACCUGGAGCACCAGGACAAGGAGCAGCUCCAGUGCACCCUGGCCCGCCUGGAGAACGAGAACAGGGUGCUGCAGGGCGAGUACAGGCGGCUCAAGUGGAAGCACGAAGAAGCGGCGUCAGUCCCCAUGCUGACCGAGGCUGGGGAGGACGGCCCGGGUUCACCCACCGCGGGAGAGCAGCAGGAUGAGGAGCUCCUGGCUGAGGCGCGGGUCCUCCGGCAACACAAGACACGCCUGGAGACCCGCAUGCAGAUCCUGGAGGACCACAACAAACAGCUGGAGUCCCAGCUGCACAGGCUCAGGGAGCUACUGCUACAGCCCAAAGAUGAUUCGGAGGCCAACGGAUCAGAACCGUCGACCCUGUCUUCUCCUGUGUCUGGGGGGGGUCACCACGGGGAGCCGGCCAGCAGAGAGACCACUGACACUGAAGCAGCAGGAGAUGACAUGGAGCACGAGCAGGACACGGUGCUGCAGCUCCAGGAGGUCAUUGAGCAGCUGAGAAACGUCUUCCCUUCAGAACCGGGCACCACCUCACACAUCUAACCCUCAGUGGGCCAGGAGGAGCAAAGUGAAAGUCUGAGAGGACACUUGAUGGCAGCGGGAGGAGCUCCGUACAGCGGAGGUCGGGCCACAGGACACCAGGCCCUGUGACCGCCACAGCAGCGAUGAUGCCCAGAGCUAACCCCUCCACUGGAACUUUGUGCACUAAAAGCCUUUUUCAUGCAAAACUGCCAAAGGGCCGCGCUGAUGUCCAUUUGACCAGGCUGUGCUCGGUAACAGCCUGCCACCACGUCAACGAGCCAAAGGAAACUAACGUUAGCAGCAGAUCAGGGGCGGACUAGAGUUGCUCAGCCCAGACACUGUGCUUACCAGUAUCUGUGCAGUCGUCCGGAGAUGUGAAGCUUUAUAUCAGUCCACAGCACAAACUGGACCUUCCAUGAAAAGAACUUUUGCAAAAAGGAAUGAGAAGGAUAUCCCCUUGUUUUGUCAGAAUGCCUGUAUCUUCAGUGUUUUUUUGUUCCCUCCUUGAAUGCUUUAACGUGGUGCUUCGGUGUGGGGUUUUUUUUUAUUAUUUGAAGGGAGGUGUUGUGUUGAAGCUCGCUGGUGUGUACUAGAUCAGGACUGGGCCGCCUGCGGUUCAUGUGGCUGCAUGGUGUAGAUUGUCAGGGAGUCGACAGCGCCCACAACGCGCUUAUUUACUCUGUGAGAAUGACACAUCAUCAGUUAAAUCCAUGAUUUAUUUAAGACAGCCAAAGUGCCCGCUAGCACAGCGCCUCUGUGCGCACACUGUGUUCCUCUAAUCCUCUCAAACCGCUUGUCGAUCUCAUCGCUCGCCACUUCUAAGUGAGCCCUUUACGCUCAAACACAACCACUCGCACUCGCUGUAUGCUGCUACAUCCAUGCCCCCUAUUUACAAUGCACCCUUCCCUCAUAGGCCCCUUCUGCAUGAUCAAUAACAUGUGCCGUGCUGCAUCACUAGAAAAAAUACGGACCACAUAAAGGAAUAUCCACAUGAUCUCCUCGGCUUGUGGGAUUCAGACAAAGCUCUGGGUUUUGAGCCAAUUUGUAUUGUGACUGAAAUUGGGCUUUGUUGGGGAAGUGUCUGCCGAUAAACAUCAGCAUGCGUGCGUUUGCUUUUGGGAUCCUUUGGUGUCCUCCUGCUGUGUGCAGAGAAAGAGACGGAAGGAGCUCCAGGCAAUGUGCUGCGAGGCUGGAGCUCCCUCUCUCUCUCUCUUUCUCUCGUCAAGGCCAAUUCCAGACACUACAGGGGUCCACAAGGCACAUCACCACAGCACAAUCCGACACUGACUUCAUCCCUAAUAAUCCCUCCUCUCAUGUAGAUUUGAAAAGAACAGUAGCUAUUGACUAUACACGCCUCAUUUUCCCCCGCUAAUUCGGACUUAAUUGCUUUCAGAUUUACAAAAAAGACGAGAGCUCGAAGCGGCUUUGCCUCCAUCACAUCAGGGUCAUAGGGUGUGUUCUGUUCUAAAAAUAGCACAGUCAUUUAAUGCCUUGAAUCCAAAGUGAAUUCAUAUAAAACUAGCCUUUUUCUGGAGGGGAGGCUACAUCAGGAGUGUGUGUGUCUGUCUAUGGACAGGCCAGUGGUUAAUAUCUAGUAACAUUGGAAAAGUGUGGAUCACAGCUUUUGAGCAUCCACGCGUUGACACCAGUUAAAUCAGACUCCCAUGAGUGAAGCCACGAGGCUUAGGGGGACUCGAGAUCUGAGAGACAAGAGGAAAAGGCAGAAGAAAAAAAACAACAAUCUAUUUAUUGCUCAAGGGCUGGUGAGAGAGAUCCACUUUGAUGUGCCUGCCGCAGAAGAAUCUCCAGGAGCAGGACGAGAGGUAGCCUGAAACAAGCAAACUCUGGCUGUUUCUCCCAGCAGUCACUCCGCCUCAUUCACACGGAGCAGACAUUAGGAGAUAUACUGUACCUGGCUGAGAUUUCAACUUAAACCUUGAAACAACUCCCUCAUAUACAUACGUUUAAAACUUAUGAGGUGAACUCAUUACAGAUUUGACACCAUCUUCCUCAACGCUCGCUGCCUGGAACUUUUUGACACAGUUGCUAAGGAACUGUCCCCAAGGACGCAGUUCCGCAGGUUUGUGAGUUGGAAAGGUGUUUUUUUUUCAUAAUUAUUAUUUUUCAUUUAUACAAAUGCUCAUAGCAUCCUUUGUGCCACUGUUUAGCUCAACUCAGCUUGUGGUAGAGGGUGAAAAAAAAGGCCAUGUUUAGUCAUAGACUUUAUUUUAUUUACUUUUCAUUUCACACUGAUGAUCAUCCAGCGCCCUCACACUCUUACCUUCAAACUUCUGUUUGAUCACACGCAAGAUAAUGUACAAACAAGAGGACGCGCUCCACACAUAUUAUCUACAUGUCAACAUGUUGUCCUUUCUACUUUUAAGAGGAGGCAGAAUGAAAUGAAUGCACUAUACCAGGCGGUCUAUUGGCAGGGAGUUGCAUUACGAUACAGUUGUGACCCUGUGUCUCAUUCUGCCGCUCUUCACGGUCGUCCAGCUGCAUCUCUGUGAUCAUCUGAGGUCUGAUCCACGUACAAACGUAACACACACACACACUCACACACACACACCCUGCUGCCUGUGGCAUGACUGAAGCUGUGUGACUGAAGAAAUAGACAAGAGGUCCCCCCCAGAGGGACCCAGCUAUCAUGCUCCACACUCCACUUACUCCAUGUAAUCAGCCGACAUAGUAACAAGCCCCGUCAUUAAUCUCCUGCCGUGACCUCUGACCCGCCCCACUGUGUGCGCAUGUGUAUUUUGCCGUCAUGCGUGCGAGCAUCGACCAGAACGCGUGCACUUGAACGUGUCACCCGCUCGUGACAUUACACUGACUCACCUAACCUCAAACAGUUGACAACACUAACUAUCGCAGUAUAUACUCUCACUCUCACAUCACUGAUAAACUGAGUUGUGUUUUUUUCUUUUGUUUUAAAUCACCAUUAAUAUACCUCAUUUACCAUUCAAAUGUUAAUUGUUACAUGUUUUUUUUGUGGUUGUUUUUUUUUUUUUUUGUUCUUGUCCGGCACUCAAACACUUCUUCUUGCUGUCUUUUCUCUGGAGUUUUUAAUCUGUGUAAAAAGUUUUCUGAAGAAAAGGCUUUUUACUGUAUUAACAUGUGGGUUACAGGCUGCUUUCUACUCUUUGUGUACAGAAAUAAAAACUUUGUAUUUGGCAAA